AUUGUGCACAGCUCCCCCUAGCGCCUGAAGCCUGAACACCAUUGCCUCGCGCGCUGCUGUCGGGGCGGGGUCGGGAAGCUCGGGACUUCCCCUGUAGUCGCUCAGUUUCUAAACAGCCUGAUUUCCCCGAAAUGAUGCCGAGCUGUGACAUCUCCGGCGGCCAAUAGGGGCGCUCUGUCAUCUCAGGGCGGGCUCACCCAACAAUAUACCUGGGGAUCCCGCAGCUCUCCCCAUACAGUUCUUCACUGACUUUAUCCCAGUGUUGGCUAAAUAAGAAAACCUGCUGGAUCUCUGCUCUGCCCGGAUCACCCUUCUGCAGUACAGUUCUGUGCAAGGAGGAAUCCUCUCAUCAGUAAAAUGCCUGUGACACGUUUAAGGAUGAGACCUUGGCUGGAAAUGCAAAUAGCGUCCAAGAAAAUCCCUGGUCUUUCGUGGAUAGACGAGAAAGAGGGGGUUUUCCAGAUCCCCUGGAAGCACGCUGCCCGUCACGGCUGGGAUAUUGAAAAAGAUGCCUGCCUUUUCCGCAGUUGGGCUAUGCAUACUGGAAAGUUCAAAGUUGGCGAGAAGGAACCCGAUCCAAAAACUUGGAAAGCAAACUUCCGCUGUGCCAUGAAUUCUCUUCCUGAUAUAAAAGAAGUGAAGGAUAAAAGUAUACAUAAAGGCUCAAGUGCCAUUAGAGUCUACAGGAUGCUGCCCGCUCAAGUAAAGACAGAUAAAAAAGAACGCAAAUCAAAGUCCUUGAAGGAUUCCAAGAACAGACCAAAGAAACAGACGGACAGCUCAUCUAUAGAUUCAGAGUUGGAAGAAGCUGUGAAGAACUGUCAACUCCCAGACGACCACAACAGCUACACGGCAAAUUAUUAUUCAGCACCGGAAAUCGACAUCACAAACACAGAAAUCUUAGCCAUGAACGAAUGUGAAGUGUCAAGUAGUAUGUCUGAAUGGGAAGACCCAGUCGAUGUUCCCUUGCCUGACAGCACAAAUGAUAUGUACCCUCUGCAGGUGUCCCCCAUGGGCUCUGAAGCUGAUGAUGAAGAAACCACCGCUGAAGAGCUUUACAAGCUUUUAGAACCUAUAGUUUGGCAACAGACAAACGUAGAUGGCAAAGGAUAUUACACCAAUGAAUUCGGAACGCAGAAUUCUUUACUACAAGAGUGCUCAUUAUAUGACAGCUAUAGAUUGUCAGAGAUUGUCACCAACAGUGUCCGGGUCACUACAGAAAUGAAGCCAAGAUGUGAUUUUAGUUUACAUGAAUUGACGUCGGCCAUCACUUGCUGAUCAUGAGCAUUAUAAGGCGCCAACAGAAACUGCAAUGCAAUCCAGAUGUUUAGGUGUAUUUUGCCUACACAAAUGAACAUUAGACAUCGUUCUGUCAUCAGGAAGAUUGAAUCAGGGCGGAAUACGAGCCACAACUGCGGCUGCAGAAGCCUAGAAGUGCCAAUGGACGCAGACUUUUGUUUGGAGAAUGUCGGCAAGAAUGGAAUUGAAGUUGCACUUGACUCAAAUAUUCAUUGCUAGAAAGCAGCAUUUCACUACAUUUGUCCUGGCUUUGUGUCUUUGCGGUAGACAAUACUGUGAACUGAAGUAGCAACUACAAUGUCACUAUUUUAUGAAUGAAAUGUUCACUUCAUAGCCAGCAUGAAAACUGCUAUGUAUCUAAAUUCAUAUCUGCCAUCAAAGAUUGUAGUCACAACUUGUCCUGAGAGGGAUUGCUCACUUUCCAGCACUUAGCCAUGUAGUAGGCAAAGGAUUCCUUGUGUUAUUGUCUCUCAGGGGGAAAUGUACAGAAUCCGGUGAAGAUGAAAGAAUGGAUUAUGAUUGAGGGGAUUCCUAUAGGCGGAACUCUGUUACACAGUACGAUCAUAGCUAAACAGCAUUAUUUCUGCUAGAUAGAAGUUACGUAGUAAGACUUCCUAAAUCAUAAGCUGAAAUAUAACGUAAAAAGUUUAUUAUAAUAUCACAAUUUAUGAAUACACUGUAUAGAGAUAAACUAAAGCCACACUGUGUACACAUCUAGUUCCAGGAUCCUAUGCAUUACUUAUAAAUGCUGUGAAACCAUUGAGCCGACAUUGUCACAUGCUGCUAAAGAAAAUGGGGAAAUUCAGUUUAGAAUUAGAGACAGGCAUUUUUUUAAAUUCAUAAAAAAAUGAUUAAGAAUUAUUAUUUAAAGUGUUGUGCCCUAAUGUGCAGGUCCUAUAAAAUAGGAUCUCUGUGUCAGUGAAUUCUGGACAUUUCCCAUGUAGUAGUGAACAGGAAACAGUUGUGCCGAAACUCGGCUGUUUGUUUAUGUAAAGUGGAUUGUUUUAUUCUGUAUAUAUUAUCUAUUGACUAAAAAUUGUUUUAUUCCAAAAAGGCAAUGUUAAUGUUCUAGAAUUUAUUCUUGGAUUAUAUUCAACACUUUUGGUAAUGUUACCAGUAUGAAUUUAUCAUGGGUGGAUAUGCUCCUUUAUUUCCUUAUGCUAAGCAAAGUAGGAGAGUCUACCACUGAAGACCAUGUAGCUUUGUAAAUAAAGCAGCUGUGUAUAUGUAAAUAUGUAUUUUGUCAAAAUGUUUGAUGUAAUAAAUGUUUAUUUACACUAUAAA